AUGUCAGCAUCCAUCAUGGAUUUGAUUGAAUUUUUCGACGGCGAGGGUGCAUUCGUAUUUGUGGAAUGCCCUGUAGGUGGCCCUCCAGUAUUUCACAUGCAAACCAGCGCCGAUCUUUGUGCUGGCAAGCCACAGGUUGCUGGAUGCUUGGGCUCUGGUGUUAUGCUCGCAAUGGAGGAACUUUGCAAGUAUCCUUCUCAGCUCAGAGGUAUGGUGUACACCAUUGUGAACGACAUGAUGGUCACAGGUGCAUAUUCAGACACAGUAGAGAUGGCUGAGUACUUGGCCAUAGAGGCUCGCAAAAUCCCCUAUGCACCAUAUGUCUCAGGCGCAGGACAACUUCUGCAUGAGAUAGAUCAGCAUUCUAAAUAA